AUGGCCGGUCUUCCAUUCACAGCAAUUGCCUUCCGAUUGAGUUACGUUAUUAGUGGUUUAGUCAAAAUAAGUGAUAAUAAUAAAAAUAAUAACCGGUUCUGUUAUCGUUUACAGGUUUUGGAGAAAAUAUUUUCCUGUUUACCAUUUAAGGAUGUUCGAAAUGCUGCAUUGGUAUGUCACACUUGGAAUGCCGUAUUAUUUGGGCCGAAGUUUCAACGCUGUCUACGAGUGCAACUACAGACAGAUUUCUGUGAAGAGCUAGCGGAAGUGCACAGAAAAUUUGUGCGAAACAGCAAAAAUCUAUCUAUCGUACAAGAAUUUAAGGUUGUGACUGGGACCGAUGAGAAGGACGAAACCGAAGAAACAAAUGAACCAGAUACAGAGCUAUCACGUGUUGAACGAAACAUUGCGAGCAUAAUUUUCAGCGCAAAGGAAUUGAAUAGCUUGCAGCUUGUUAGCAGCUAUGCGAGUUUGAAAAACAUUAUUCAUAAUCGUUUGCUUGAACUUCCACUGUUGAAAGAAUUGAGGAUAUCAUUCUGUUAUCGCAACGAAGAUGUUCAUCACACGGCUUCACAAGGCGCCAAAGACACAAUUUGGCAGUUGGAGAGUGAAAGUUUGGAAUGUUUUAAACUAGGUCAGCGCUGUACCAAUGAUCAUUUUGGAUUGCUAGCACCCAGCUUACGAGAACUGCAUAUGACAGUAGACUGUGAUGAACUACUGGACAUAGUUGUAAUGUAUUGCAAUCAACUGGAAAUUUUACGAGUAAAACUAGUCGAUAUUGAAACACUAGAUAAGAUUAUGGAUCUGCAUUAUCCGCUUUUAAAAACCCUGCAACUUGGAAUAUACGACGAUAAGGAAUUGCAAUUUCAUUAUUCUCGUACUGCCAGUCGCAACGAAAACCACGAACAAGCUAAAAGAUUUAUCCAAAGAACGCCGACUCUUACCGUAUUCUCAGUACAAAGUAAUGUGGCGUUCUAUAAAAUUUUUCCCACUUUAUGUUCGGUGAAGACCCAGCUACAAGAGUUAUCACUCCAUAACAUAGAAUUGGAUUUAAACAUAUUGCUGAAUGUGCUGCUGGUUCAACCAUUAACGAAACUCUCGAUCUGCUAUUGCGAAUUUACAAACCAGCUACCUGCAUCGCAGACACGAGUGGAUGGCUUACAACAUUUACACCUGGUAAAUGUUGUGAACAAUGCACUGCUGGACCUUGAUUUUAGCGCAUUAAAAACUCUAGAACUGUUUCAUAAUCUUAAAUUUGAGAGCGAUUCAAUUCAGAAAGUGUUUCUGAAUUGUGGAGCAAUUGAGGAACUAGUUAUUCAUUAUAGAAAUACGCUCGACGAGGACACAUUUGCAAAGCUGCCUCAAUUGACACACUUAAAGUCGUUAACAGUGAGAUCAACCGAUGUUACCGACCUUCAUUGGGAAGCUUGUGAACCAAUGCUAUCUGUUAAGAGAUUAACUAUGUCUAGUUGUUUUAUGCUGCGAUAUUCUACGUUUAUCGAACUCAGACGUGUGUUCCCUUCGUUGCAACGUUUGCACGUAGAUGGUUGCCAUGUUUUGGACGACACAAACGCCGCUGUCGAUGGGUCUUGCGAGCAGAAGUUAAGGCAAUUGUUUUCACAAUGUAUAGUUUCAUGGCACGAUUCUGUCCAAAUUACUCCGCUGACUUUGAAACAGUUGCUUUUGUGAUGACAGUGAAAUUUUUCAUUGAAUCAUGUCGAUAGCAUGCUAGUAUCCAACAUGCGACUUAUCUCUCAAUAUCCAGGAAUAUUGAAUCAAAACUAUCUUAACUGAUACUGUU